AAGAUAGAGAAAGUGAAAACGCGUGGGGAAAAAAAAAGAACGAAUGGGCCUUUUUAAAACAUCAUGUGCCACGUGGGUGAUGGUCAACACUGAAAAAGUCAUAUUUCGAUGUCAAGGUUCUUCCUUACAACGAAAGAUAUUUUUAAGGACUUUUUUCACCACGUUGAACUUAUAAGGUCCUCAUUAAAGUGAACAUAUGAGUAUCUUUUGGACAAAUUUUCCUAAACUAAAUUUAGUUAUAAAUUGAAUUUUGAUUUAGGCUUUUUUUUUUUUUGACUAGUGAUUUAGGCUUAUAGCCUUAUAGUAAACUAGUAUCUCCUAAACUUAAUAAACUUUACAAGAAUUUAAGUGAGUUUUUUAAUUUCCUUAAUUAACACUAGUAGACUCUUAAUUUACUUCAUUUGAAGUAUCGCAAAAAGUUGUUUAGCUUAGCCCAGCUUCUUAUGUGGGCACAAAUAAUCUAACUGCUCUUGCUGUAGCAAUUAAAUUAGUCGGAUAAAGAUGGAACCGAAAUUAACUUUAACAUCACGUAAACAAAGAAAGUGGCACGUUCCUAACAAUGAAAAUUCUGUUGAAUAGGAAUGUACAAGGAAAUUAAAUAUUCUUAAUUAAGACAAGAUGUCAUGUUGACAAAGACCUAUCUUUCUUCUUUUUUUUUUUUUUUUUUUUUUUUUUUUUUUUUUUUUUGAAAUCAUGUUGACGAAGACUUAAACAAACUAGUUCAAUUUUGACUGUUGCUAAAACCGCAGCCGCCCCCUGUUCUGUACCCGUUCCCUACCAUUAUUCAGGAAGUCAUUAUGGUCCUAUUUCUUCAGGAGUUCGUGUGAUCUAAGAUCGAGUUUUUAUUACUACUAGCUAGCUUACUAGAGGUUGUUCAUUAAUUUCUUUAUCAUUAAGCUAAUAUAGGCAAUGGAAGACGCGAUUUCACCAUUUCAAUCUCUAAGCCUGAAUUUACAGCCCAAGAUUUCAUCAACAUCACACCAACACUGCCUUCAAAUUAUUGUGAAGAGUAAGCCAGGGUGGUUGUACGCGAUAUAUUGGCAAUUGUCAUCUAUCAGCAAUGACUCUGCCUACAACAAUCGCCGUGUGUUGGCAUGUUCGGAUGGUUAUCUGAUGCACAGCAGUAAACCAGGAAAUCUGCAGCAGCAGGAGGUUUCACAUAUUCAAGAAGUGGAUGAGAUGGUAAUGUCAGAAAGAUUUUACACAGCUUCGUUACACAAGUUCCUAGACAUAGAAGACACCAAUUCUGUUAUUGGGCGACUCAUGAGUUCAGGGACACACUUGUGGCUUGUUGAUGUGGAUGGGAAGCUAAAUUACUCGAGGUGCGAAAGGGCUAGGGAAGCCAGACUGAACAACAUUCAGACCCUGGUUUUCUUACCAAUUAGUCCAAAUGGUGUCAUUGAAGUCGGAUCUUUGGAUGUGAUCAAGGAGGAUAGGAGCUUAAUUGACCUCACUUAUUCCAUGUUUGGUGCUAGAGGUGAUGGCAACAUGAACAUUACCUCUCGCAAUAGCAAAAGAAGAACAGCACCUGCGACUGCAGUGCCGCAGAGCAGCCCUGUUGAGGCAGAAAGGAAAAGGCGAGAGAGACUAAACCAGCGUUUCUGUACAUUACGCGCUGUAGUUCCUAAUGUCUCAAAGAUGGACAGAGCAUCUCUGCUUUCUGAUGCCGUCGUUUACAUAAACAAGCUUAAGUCGCGAGUAAGUUUAUUGGAGGACAAUUUACGAGUGCUGCAGAACAGAAAUCCUACAGCUGCUCACUUUACAGGAUCAGAAUCUUCACCAAUCUGAACGCCAAAAUAAUC